AUGAAUCCUCUCCGAACCAAUUACCCGGCCACUCGGCCUGCCGUGCUGAGUCUGGCCAAGCUUUUUCUUCUUCUCGCCCAAAUUCCGCGGAUCUCUUCCGCUCCCGUGUCCGUCAUCCGACCUUUCUCCCUCCUCCCCCGCGAUGCGGAACCUCCAAUGGAUCCCGACGACCCCAAUCUGUGGCUGUACCUAGGUAUUUCAGCGGCCCUGGUCUUGUGCGGCGGAGCUUUUGCGGGUCUUACAAUUGCCCUCAUGGGCCAGGAUGAAAUCUACCUGCAAGUCAUCAAAACCUCUGGAGAAGGAGCGGAGAAAAAGAACGCGGAGAGUGUUUUGAACCUGUUGAAACGUGGAAAGCAUUGGGUUCUCGUCACUUUGCUGCUCAGCAAUGUCAUCACAAACGAGACGUUACCCAUUGUCCUCGACCGAUCACUCGGUGGUGGUUGGCCCGCAGUGCUGGGGAGCACUGCAUUGAUCGUUAUCUUCGGGGAAAUCGUCCCUCAGUCGAUUUGUGUCCGUUAUGGACUCCCGAUCGGCGCGUGGAUGGCACCCUGUGUGUUGGUUCUGAUGUACAUCAUGUCGCCCAUUGCAUGGCCCAUUGCCAAGCUGCUCGACAAGCUUCUCGGGGAAGAUCACGGCACGAUCUACAAAAAGGCCGGACUGAAAACCCUAGUUACUCUCCACAAAACCCUCGGAGAAGCCGGAGAACAACUCAACUCCGACGAAGUCACCAUCAUCAGCGCGGUUCUUGACCUCAAAGAGAAAUCUGUGGGAACAAUCAUGACGCCCAUGGAGGAUGUCUUCACUAUGUCUGCCGACACCGUUCUUGAUGAACCGACCAUGGACCUCAUCCUUUCGCAAGGAUACUCUCGAAUCCCCAUCCAUGCCCCCGACAACCCAAUGGAUUUCGUUGGCAUGCUUCUUGUGAAGAUGCUAAUCACUUACGACCCGGAAGAUUGCCGGCUUGUCCGCGAGUUCGCCUUGGCUACGCUUCCCGAAACCCGUCCCGAAACUAGCUGCCUGGAUAUCGUGAAUUUCUUCCAGGAAGGAAAAUCCCACAUGGUCCUUGUCUCUGAAUACCCUAGCGAGGACCAUGGCGUUCUUGGCGUCGUCACACUGGAGGAUGUCAUUGAAGAACUGAUCGGUGAAGAGAUCAUUGACGAAUCUGACGUUUUCAUUGAUGUUCACAAAGCUAUUCGGCGGAUGGCACCUGCUCCCAGGGCUCGUGUUCCCAAGGGCAAGAUCGUCGAAGAGCCUCCCAUUACUGCUCGUUCGCUUACCGCGGACGAGCUGGUCGACUUGGAUCGCACCGAUCAUUUCGCCCGCAAGAAACCCGAUUCUGGUCGACGUCGCAGCUCUGUCGAAGCACCACCUCCACGGUUCCAAUUGCGCGUACCUGACAGCAACACCACCUCGAGUGAUGGUUGGGUCACUCAACGCGGCACGACCGACGAGAUUCGAGAGCACUUGAAGCAUCUCGGCCCUUCAAAUCUUGCCAGUCGACCUCGAGAAACCCGUUACUCUGCAGUCAAGAUCAAGCGCAGGAACAACUCCCCCUCCCGAUCGGCACAGACUGAUAUUGGAUCUGGACAAAGCACGGCUGAUUCACAAUCGCAUCAAGCGAUAACUUCUGGCUACUCAGGUGGCAUUGGAGUUGGCCUUCUCACCUCUGCAGGGCCUGAUGCCAAAGACGGAGCACAUGCAUUGAAAGUUGGGUACGGCACGAUGCCACCACAGGACCAUAUCAGCAAAGCCACGAACGCCCAGCAGUACAGAGACCUUCCUCAAGUUUCGAUCCCUGAAUCUGUUCACGAAGAGCGCGAUGACCCGACGCACCUAGAGUUCCCGGGACAUGGAAGUAGACCAGUGAGUGCAUCGAAUAGCAUCCGAUCAUCCGAUUCCACUACCGAGAAACCGAAGCGUCGUUCCCCUUACCGUCACCGUGGACCGACCAAAAGCGGCAGCAUCACCGAACAGAUCGUCGAUGUCAACGGAAUCCGCAAAGUUGUCCUUCACGCCGCCUCGAGCUCCUCAUCAGAAGGAGCGGUGCAAACCCAUGAACACACCCAUCCUCAUUCUCGUUUCCAUUACAAAGACGCGCCGGCUAUUGAAACAGACGGAUCCAAGUCUUCACACACAGCCAAAAGCUCACAGAAAAAGAAGCGACGGAAGAAGAAGCGCGGCGACCACCAUGCCGAACAGCAGCUGGAUGGCGGUCCGGCGGAAGAUCAGCCUCUCUUACGACAAGACUCUUGA